UCUCGUUCGAUCUCGUUCAUCGUUUGCAGUUAAAAUUUAAUAUGUGACUUGUUUUGGGGUUUUGAAUUAAGGAUGGUUGUGGGCGCCUUUCCUAUUGCAAAGUUAGGUGCUUUGUUAGUAAGACAAGUAAGCAAACCCAUAGCAAAUAUGCUCAUAAGAAGGGCUAAAAACUAUCCAUUUUUUAGGAAAUAUAUAUGUAUGCCACCCGCUCAGUUUUACAACUGGUGUGAAGUGAAGUCAAAAAUGUGGAUAUUGAAGCUUGGGAAGCCAGUUAGUGUUCCAACCUUGAGUGAAACAAUGGCAAUUGAACUAGGAGCCAAUCUGAUUGGUGAAGGCAUCAUUUUUAUUAUUGCAGCAGGAGUUUUAUACUUGGAAUAUACCCGGCAGGCACGUAGAGAUCGAUUGAAGGAAGAAGCAAGACAAGAUGAAAUACAGAGGCUGAAUAUGAUACUUGAAGAUCUCUACUUUCAGAGUGAGAAGCAGGAUGCGCAAAUACGAGAACUAAUGAGAACCGUUCAUGACCUUCAAGGUCGAGUCAUUCAUAAACCAUGGCUAGGGCGGAAGGAUUCACCUCCACCCCCACCUCCUCAUUCACAUUCAUCCCAUCCUCCACUGCUUCCUGUGCGAGAACUGGAUGCCGAUGGAGAGUUGAAACAAAGAAACCCUGGAAAUAAUGGAAAACCUGUUGAAUGUAGUAACAAUGGCAUAAUUUUACAGGCUUUAGAUUAUUUUGAUUAUGAGGUGAGAGGAAGACAGUACCAUAUAUCAGAAUCAUAACCAAUGAAUACUUAGCAGGAGGUAAAACUUAUGUUAGCUCAGUGAGAUACAGUAAAGGGAGUGUUUCAUCCUGUCUGCUGUCACUUUUAAAUUAGAUUAACGG